AUGCACGAGGGACCGUCGUGCAUUCAACAAAAUUCAACUCCACGUCGUGCAGGUAGAGCAGUAGAUGAUUGUGGUAGCGCCCAGCCCCAGCAGAGUCAAGAGCACGUGCAGGAUAACCCGCGCGUCGAUGCCAGACAAUCGAGGGGUCAGAAGCGCCAAGCCGAUGAAUUGGACGACAUGGUGGAUGUCAGGCUUCUAGAGACUGAAGCGGAUGUUUGGGUCCUGGGUGACUCGAUCCCGUUCUGGGCUGGACAGCGGGCAAAGAAUACAGGAAAGCCUAAUUUGAGAUUGAAAGAUUUAACAAUAGCCUGGUGGGGUGUUCGAGGCCUACGUUGGCAGUCUUUCCGCCACUCUAUUGAAUCACAGGUGUUAUUUUCUUCACCUCCAUCCAUUAUUAUUGUUCAUUUAGGAGGUAAUGAUUUGGCAGAUUUACCGAUUUUAAAUUUGAAAGAUGUUAUUCGGGAUGAAAUUUUUUACUUACGUGAAGCUUUCCCUACAACGGUACUAAUUUGGGUAGAUAUAUUACAGAGGCAGACCUGGCAUAAUGCCACGGGGGGUUGGGUUGCUAUGGAAAAUAAACGCAAACGAGUUAACAGGAUAGGCCGUCAAUUAGUUCAUUCAUCGGGUAAAAGUGACACAAUUAAGCCAGACAUUGAUGCUAAAACUGCAUUUUUUCGGGCAGACGGGGUUCAUCUCAAUGAUAUUGGUUUGGAAUUCCUCCUAGAUUACUUCAAAGAUUCUAUCAUAAAAAAUGUACCAGUCUCCCAAUAAGAAUUUGGGGGAUAAAUUUUUUGAUAAAUUUAUUGUGGCGUAAAAUUCUUCCGAUCGAGAGGAGAUCAUACAUUGUAUUCUGUUUUUUUGGCAUUUUAACUUAAAACCCUGUGUAUGGUUCUACUGCUCGUGACGGAAUACCCGUCAGGGUAGGCCGACCUAUAAUCAGGAAAUUAAUUUUGGAAGUAUCAUACAGUUUGUCCAUGUGUUUGGACUGCAGUUUGCGUUAUUUGGUUUUGCCCGUAGUACUUGGCAAUUCCUGUUUUUUUGCGUUGCAGUGUAUGGCGUUGCCGUACAAUGGCGUCAGUUGUGGGUUCUAUUUAUACGCUUGGGUUCCCAGCGAUGAAUGGAAUAUUCAAUUUGAUGUCAUUUGCGGUAAUCUUUUGGACUGUUGUACACUGUGUUUUGCGUUUGCGUUGCGUUUGUAUGAUACUGUUUGCGUGUUUUUGUAUGUAUUUGGACUUUAGCAAAAAGUAAAUGUGUAAUAUAAAACACGUCUGAUCUCCUCUCGGUCGAAUUAUUUAGACACGGGAUGCCCUGUCAAAUUUGAGCGGCCAAAACAAUCCAACUUUGAAUUGUAUUUAGUGCGAUAUUGCUUUAUUGUUUGCAAUAACAUUGUUGAAGCGUUCAUGUAUGAGUCAUAUACAUAUAACAAAAUUAAAUAUGAAUUUGUUACUCAUAGUCGUUUUAUUUUAUUUCAAUUAUUAAAAUAAUAAAGAUUAUUUUAGAAUUAAAAUAAUCCCAUUUAUUUUAGAGAAAUAAUCGUCUGCUACCUUGUGUAAAGCUAUCAUUACGUGGCAAUCGGCAAACCUCGGUCAUUAUCUAUAGAUUGUUUACAUUACACUGGUUACCGUGUUUAUCUUAUCAUUUCUAUAUAGGGCCGGGUUUAAAGAGUUAGCUGUUAAUAAUAUAAAAGCCCGAAUUUCUCGUGCAACUUUCUCAGUUUUUGUUUGACGACGAAGCAAUAACACACUCAAUUACCCGCCCGCCACACCCUGUUUAGGCUAAUAUAUUAAGAAGUUAAUAGGCAGGUUCAUUAAGAUCGAAACUGUUAAUUAAAUAUUUUGACUGUUAAGCCUUAUGUGUAUUGAUUUGAUAUUUAGCUUGUACAAGAUUACUGCUGCUGUUUAUCUAUUUGCAGGAUUGAGUUUGAGUUUUGUCAAUAAUCUGUGUUUGUCCACAAAUGUCAAGAGUUGGCUACGCACCUGAACGCAGAGAUUGGAUGCUACCCUGAUGGAACACUUGGGAGCAAAUACAUUGUGUGUUAUAAGUGAAAACCAGCUAAUGUGAAGAGACUGUGUACUUUAUAAAUUACAGAAAACAUCUUUGUGACUGGUUAAUAAUAAGUAUAUAGAAUUACGUUCGGUGCUAGCUUAGACUUAAAUAAAAAAGUGUGGACACUUGAAAUUCGAAUUUAAAACUGUAGUUUAAUAAACGUUCAUAGAUUCACAGAAAUUUAUAUGUUAUACUCUGUUUUUUCAUAUUUAAUUUUGAUAUCGUCGCUCACAGUGGCGUAAAAUUCUUCCGAUCGAGAGGAGAUCAGACAUUGUAUUCUGUUUUGUUGGCAUUUUAACUUAAAACCCUGUGUAUGGUUCUACUGCUCGUGACGGAAUACCCGUCAGGGUAGGCCGACCUAUAAUCAGGAAAUUAAUUUUGGAAGUAUCAUACAGUUUGUCCAUGUGUUUGGACUGCAGUUUGCGUUAUUUGGUUUUGCCCGUAGUACUUGGUAAUUCCUGUUUUUUGCGUUGCAGUGUAUGGCGUUGCCGUACAAUGGCGUCAGUUGUGGGUUCUAUUUAUACGCUUGGGUUCCCAGCGAUGAAUGGAAUCUUCAAUUUGAUGUCAUUUGCGGUAAUCUUUUGGACUGUUGUACACUGUGUUUUGCGUUUGCGUUGCGUUGCGUUUGUAUGAUACUGUUUGCGUGUUUUUGUAUGUAUUUGGACUUUAGCAAAAAGUAAAUGUGUAAUAUAAAACACGUCUGAUCUCCUCUCGGUCGAAUUAUUUAGACACG